AUGGAAGAGUUUCUGAAGUUUUUCAAAAAAUUGAAAAAUAACACGUUCAAUAUUCCAGAUCCUGAAAGCAUCGAAAGUAACUCAAGAUAUCUGCCGUAUGUGUUUGUUGCUGACGAUGCGUUCCCAUUGAGAACCCAUAUGCUAAAGCCAUAUGGCCAAGCUGAUUUGGACAGCCACGACAAAAGAAUAUUCAACUACAGAUUAUCUCGCGCAAGACGUAUCGCAUCUGUAACCCAAAUUUGAAGUUUUAUCUGUCCUGCAACGAAAAUUUAUGGCUAGGUUGGGUAAAGUCAUUUUGCAUAGCAGUGUUGUAUGACAAUUAAGCUUCAACUGUAGGUAUAAUUUAUCAAUCAGGAGUAUGGGGGUUCUCGGAAAUGUCUGGCCGUGAGGGAGGCAAGAAAAAACCUCUCAAAGCUCCAAAGAAGGACUCCAAGGAGCUAGAUGAAUCUGAUAUGGAAUUUAAACAGAAACUUAAAGAACAACAGAAAGCACUCCAAGAAGCUAAAGCUAAGGCAUCCCAGAAGGGCCCCUUAGUAAGCGGCGGAAUAAAAAAGUCUGGAAAGAAAUAGGCGGAACUUUCAUUAUCUAUGUUCACUAGAACAAUGUAUGCAUUUCCUAUUGUUUCAUAUUUUUAACUGCUGCUGGUUUGUUAACAUGUAUCACAUUUUUGUAAAUAAAGCAGUACUUUUUGACUAAAACA